CGUCUUUCUUUCUUUCCUUUCCUUCAGCUCACCAAGCCAUCACCGCUAUUUUAGUGAUUUGACUCAGCUUUUGACUUCGGUCGUCCACUCUUUCACCAAACGCUCUUAUAAGCUUUCAGCUUCAGCUUUUUUACAUUCUUUAUUUCUAUAUAAACUUGUUCGUUUUUUUACGUUCAAAUAAACCAAUCAAAUAACUUUCAAAAUGCGUUUCGCCGGAGCCGUUAUUUUCGCUGGUGCCGCUAUGGCCGGUAGCACUCUCUACGAGACUGACUACGUUACCAUUACUUCUUGCGCUCCCACUGUCACCGACUGCCCGGCCCGCUCUACUGUCACCAGCAGCACCGUCUACCCGGUGUCCAGCUCCGCGACCGUCCCUGGAUACCCCGUCGAGACCCCCGCCCAGUCUCAGCCCGGUUACCCUGUUGAGAGCCCUUCUUCCUCUCCCUCUCAGCCCGCUGCGACUCCCUCCGCCUCCCAGCCGGCCGGAACUCCCUCGUCUUCUCAGCCUGGGUACCCCGUCUCCAGCCCCGUUGUGAGCAGCAGCAGCACCGCCCCUGUCCAGAGCUCGGCCAGCACUCCUGUCGCUGUCCCCAGCUCCAGCAGCGGCACUCUCCCCGUCUCCACUGCUACUCCUUCCCAGUCUGCUCCCGGCUACCCUAGCGGCCCGGCCAGCUCUCCUUCCGGCCCGGCUAGCUCUCCCUCCAGCCCUGCCACCUCUCCUGCUGCUCCUUUCUACCCCACCUCGGUGAUCCCCAUCACCUACACCACCUGUGUCCCUACCAUCAGCGUCAGCUACUCCACCGUCACCGUUAGCGCUUCCGUCCCCGCCGGCACUGCUCCCGGCGCCCCCGGCGCUCCUGGCAACUACCCCACUGGUGGCUACACUGCUUCCAACCCUCCUACCGGCUCUUACCCCACCGGUAGCCCCAUCCCCACUGCCGGUGCUUCCACCAUGGCCGGCUCUGGUCUCCUCGCCGCCGCCGCCGCCGGUGUCGCCGCUCUCCUCUUCGCUUAAGCGCUGAGCGACGGUGACGUCGAUGUCGAUGUAAAGAAUGGUUUU